UCAAGAGCAACAAGGAAGCAGAAGUAGUUGUUUAUGCUAAAUGUUUGUAGCUGUUCGACUUUAUGUGAAGGGAUAUGAUUCCUGGUCUCACACUGAUUUAACCACUGACAACGUCGUUAGCUGGCUCUAGAGCAGGAAGAAUGGCAGACGAAGCUCCUUUCCAGUUAUUACACAGCGAGGUGAUACAGUACAUUUACAAGUCAGCAGAAGGAGAGACGGAGAGUGGGAGAAAUGUCACUAAAUUGGAGAAUAUUGGAUUCAGAGUGGGCCAAGGGCUGAUAGAGAGAUUGACUAAAGACACAGCACGGUUUAAGGAUGAGCUGGACAUUAUGAAGUUUAUAUGUAAAGACUUCUGGACCUGUGUAUUCAAGAAGCAAAUCGACAACCUUCGAACCAAUCACCAGGGCAUCUAUGUUCUGCAGGACAAUAAGUUUGGAUUACUGAGUCAUCUGUCAGUGGGAAAACAAUACUUGGAACAUGCCCCAAAGUAUCUGGCCUUUACAUGUGGUUUGGUGAGAGGAGCUCUAUCCAAUCUGGGAGUGAAGAGUAUUGUGACUUCUGAGGUGUCUGUCAUGCCUUCAUGUAAAUUCCAGGUGAUGAUCCAGAAAGCGUAGGAGGUUACACACUCAAGCUGCACUCUUCCCUGGUGUCAUAUUGCCUUAUCUGUUAGAAAGGGAAAUGCCAUCCGUACUACUCAGUGAGAAUUUCUCUCGGCACUGCAGGGAUUACAGUAGGGACUGGCAAAGGUUUCUAUGGCUUAAGCUCUGGAUGGCUGCAAACAUCUGUAUCCUGCUGACACACUGUCAUUAUCAUGAGUGGAAAAGUACAGUCCAGUGACAUUAACAUUUUGUCUGCUAACAUUUAUAUUAACAUAAUCCUUUUGAAGUAAAGUCUCACUAAAUGAACAUUUGGCUUAAUAUCAGAAAAGAAGUGUUUGCCACCACCUACUGUCACAUCUAGUUUAGUAGCAUUUUCACUAUAAAGACAAACAAACCUACAGUGCUUCACAAAUUUAAAAGACAGAACCGCCAAAAAUUUGAUUAUUAGGGAAGUCACAAACUGAAUUUAUGUUUUUUACACCCAAAUCGAAGCCAGCACUAAACUUUUUCUGAGAACUUACUAAAACUCAUUUUUGGUUCAUGAUUGCCAGUAAAUAUCUCUAAUUUCUGAAGCUUAUUCAAUAAGAAUAUUAUUAAAAUAAUACAUUUUAAAAUUCUCGAGUAACAAUAAUCACAUUUUUUUUCACUUUUUUUUUAUGACACUAUCAUCAGUUUAAUAAGUAUUAUAUGGUUUUGAUUAAAGAGCUUGUACAUACUGGCAGGUUAACCAUUUUGGUACUAAUGCUGUUAAUUUUGGGCAUCUGUGAGCUAAAGCGUAUACUGGGUGGUGCUAUAAUAAACGUGUUAAGAUGUCUAUAUUUAUAAUCAUCACUAACUUGUGUAUUGUUCCACCCCUGCCUCCACACCAAAAUGAGCAGAUUAUUAAAACAGAGGAAAUGUGGCGCCCUUUAGCAGGUUGAUGAACAUUGCUUGCAAGAAAUCCAUGCCUAAGAAAGCAACUUCAGCUACAUCUACAUGAAAACAGGUAUUUUUUUUUAAAUGGCACAAUCAGUCUCAAGUGUUUUUGAGAAUGUGCCAAAGCAGCAGGUGGUGAUAUAACCCUAGUUUUGAAGAAAUCCCACAAACAAUAACACAGCACACAGUCUGACAUCAAAGAAGAGAUAAUGGCAAACACGUUUGAUGUUACAAGACAAAUAUUCAUUUUCUUUGCCAACAUGUAAAUGUAGAAAUGUAGUUUUUGAAAAUGUUCACCCUGGCAGAAGUUUUUACUGAUCGAAAAUGCUGUGUAUGUGUACGGACGUAGCCUCAUUUAUAUAUUGAUGGCUAAUAUGACCAAACACAGUUUGAUAUCAUGAAUAAGUACGUUUGCAGUGAUGAAGAGCAACAUUCCUGUCGAAGCGUGAAAAAGUGUGAUUUAUUUUCUUUGCAUCAAAGUUGUAUGUUCUACCCUUCAGGUGCUUCCUUCACUUGCAAUAAAUUUAAGCAUGAAAACAA